GCAACCAGGCAACAUGAGUUCCCACAACUUCGAGCUAAUCUUUGACCAAGUCGGACACUUUGGCAGAUUCCAGGCAUUUAUCUAUUUUGCAUCAGUCUUCCAAACCAUCUCUUGUGGAAUCCAUUACUUGGCUUCUGUGUUCAUGGCUGUUACCCCCAAGUUUUCCUGUGGGGUCCUGGGGAACAUAAGUCAGGUCCUCUUUUAUAAUUCAUCUAGCCUGAAGAUAGAGGAUGCCUGGGCGCUGUUCACACCAGGCAAAGAGGAUUAUAUGGUAGUGCAGCUGCAGAAUGGAGAUGUUUGGGAACUUGCACAGUGCAGCAGGUCCAAAAGGGAGCACCCUUAUUUUGAAUACCAAUAUGAUGGUAACAAAUCUUACUUUCCUUGCACUGAUGGCUACUUUUAUGACCAGACCAAGUGGAAGAGCACCGUGGUGACUGAAUGGGAUCUGGUCUGUCACCGGGAGUGGUUUGCAAAAUCCAUUCAACCUACUUUCAUGCUUGGAGUCCUUCUGGGAGCAGUAAUUUUUGGUGAUCUUUCAGAUAGGUUAGGAAGGCGGUUUGUGAUGUGGUUCACAAGCACUGGGCAGUUCUGCCUGGGGGUUGCAGUGGCUUUUACAUUUGACUAUUACAGUUUCAUAACUGUACGCAUUCUUCUUGCUAUGGCUGCCAGCGGCUAUCUGGUGGUGGUAUUUGUUUAUGUGACAGAAUUCAUCGGUAUUAAAGCUCGGACAUGGGCGUCUAUGCACGUCCAUGCCUUUUUUGCGGUCGGCAUUAUGGUAGUGGCUCUGAUGGGAUAUUUGGUCCGGACCUGGUGGCUCUAUCAGAUUUGUCUUUCCGUGACAACUCUUCCCUUUGUCUUAUGCUGCUGGGCUUUGCCUGAAACACCAUUUUGGCUUCUCUCAGAAGGAAGAUGUGAAGAAGCACAGACAGUAAUUGAUAUGAUAGCAAAAUGGAAUGGAACACACUCUUGUAAUGUGUCUGACCUGCUUUUGGUGGAACAGGGUGGUGAUAUUGGCACCACCACUGGGGAUGUCGUGUCUGCACCCAGGAGUCACAAUAUACUUCAUCUGUUUUGUAACUGGAAUAUUGCAAGGAGGACCCUCACAGUCUGGCUCAUUUGGUUUACUGGCAGUUUGGGAUACUAUGUAUUUUCUUUGAGUUCUGUUACCCUGGGAGGCAAUGAAUAUUUAAACCUGUUCCUCAUAGGUGCUGUGGAGCUCCCUGCUUAUGUAAUUGCUUGCCUCGGAAUGGACAGAGUUGGAAGAAGAAAUACCCUGACGCCAUUUCUUAUCUCUAGUGCCCUGAUCUGUGCCAUGAUUAUGCUGAUCCCUCAGCAUUGCAGUGUUUUGAAUGUUUUGGCAAAUAUGGCAGGAAAGUUUGCCAUUGGUGUUGCAUUUGGCCUCAUUUACCUGUAUACGGCAGAACUGUAUCCAACAUUCAUAAGGUCCCUUGCGGUAGGAAGUGGUAGCAUGAUGUGCCGUGUAGGAAGCGUGAUUGCACCUUUCUGUGUUUACCUCUCAAGUGCGUGGAUCUUCAUGCCACAGUUGCUGGUUGGUAUUAUAGCCUUUCUGACUGGAAUGUUAACGCUGAUGCUCCCUGAAACUCUCGGGAAACCUUUGACCAACACUUGGGAGGAAGCUGAAGAACUAGGAGUGAAGAGAGCCAUUCCUUCUGCCAAACUGAUUCCUCCAAUAAAUAGUAUGGACUCAGGGAAAAUAGAGAUGGUUCAUCAAGGGACAGCUGGUGCUCACGGAUAGGAGUGUUUUACAUGUUAGCUAUCAUUUGAAAAAUCAUUAACCACGAAUGCCAUUUUAUUAGAACUCCUUUCCUAUGUAUUUGUAUUCACCCUUUUUAAUUUUAUAAGGA